AUGGCCUCCUUGGCAAGAUCUGCCCCAAAGCUUAUCGACUUACUCAGUGAUUCACAGAGCCCAAACUUGACCAUAGUAGACACAAUUCUUUUUCAUCUAGGCAUCGCAGAUGUAUACGCAUUACACGCAUCGAGCCGAUCUCUGCGCUGGUUAGUGGAUUACAUGACGGAGUCGCCAUGCUUGCUCAAUAUCACGAGGCAAUUGCAACCUUUUGUCAACGACCCGAUGCGCUUCCGAAAGGAGCUUGGGAAGCACGAUGGGCUCAUGGCAGGAGAAUUUGUCCGCAACUUCUUCGAAUUUAACCGUUGGGGAGUUAGCUCGCUGCUUCUAUAUAUUGAACGUGGGCCUAAACGUCAGGGGUUUAUCAAGUAUCUACUUGACCAUGAAGGAUACAGAGCCUAUUUGGAACAAACAAUAUUCCGUCGUGACAGUACCCCAGAUAUAUCUAUUGCCGUCAUGGCUACGCCCGAUUCUCCCAUCGUCGAAAUCAUCAACAAGGCUCUUACGACAGCUGGUUUGAAUGUUAUAUCCUGGAACAAAGCCUACUGCCUACUUCCGGUUCCCACCGUGGUAUCCCACAAGUUCUACCCUAUCAAGCCAUUCGACAAUGUCCUUGGCAAAUCACUCCGCGAACGGGCCAAACGGGGUUGGACGACAAGGGACAUGCUUUGGCCUGAUUUGACAACUCAACUCAUUCCUCGCAAGGAAUGUCACCAAAUUGGCGGACCAAGAUCUCUAAUUAUUAAACUUGGCAAUGAACCACUAGGGGACUACACUCCUGACUAUGUCCUCGAGGGGAGCGUCUAUUCUGUGCUAUGGAAGUUUAUGAAUAGUGUUCGGUGCUUAUCUGUUACUAUGAAGCCCGCGCCGGUUUCCUAUGCACUUCGUUAUCCACACGCAAAUGGCGAAGUCGGUCAUGGCUGCAAAGAAUGGGAAAGAUUCUUGUGCGACCGAUUAGACCGUUGGGUAUAUGUCGAGAUAGCCAAGAUGGAUCGUGAAGAGCAGCCACAAGGGUUCUACCAUAUGGCACCAGGGAACUAUCGCGUACAUAUUCCCGCCGGGUACCAACUGCCAGAAACGUGGGACUAUGCAGACGACCAGAUCAUUCCGUGGUUUCAAGAAUGGGAGGAAACUCACUCAACGAGUAACGAGUACUACGGAGGAUAA